GGCCUGGGAUGGGCCGGCACCGAGCGGACCCCGGCGCCCCCCCCUCCACCACCCCGUGCCAGGCCAAGUGGCGCGGCCCACCCGACCCGUCCCGCUUUCCCGCUGCCGUCCCGCAACUUGGCUGCGGGAGCCGGGCCGCGGCGGCGCUGGGGAAGCGGGGAGGGCGGGCGGCGGCGGCCGUGGCUCCUCCCGUAGCCGCUCGGUCCUGCAUUUUCCCACUGCCUCAAACCAACAAAAACUUGCAGACCUACCAGGCUUCGACAGAGGUUGGAAGGAUCCAGAGGCUGGAAGGAUACGGAGGCCAUCCCCACGCCAGCUGACCCCCUGCACCGCAGGUGGCGAGCAUGGGCCUGGCCAAGAUGCCCACCCAGGCUGCCCUCGGGAGAGGCAGUAGGAGGCAGUGGAGCUGGCCUCAGCAGCGGGAGAGGCUGGACUUCCCGUCUCUCUGUGCUGAAUGGCUGCGAUGGCGCCCGCUCUCACUGACGCAGCAGCCGAAGCUCACCACAUCCGAUUCAAGCUGGCUCCCUCGUCCUCCACCUUGUCACCUGGCAGUGUCGAGAGCAACGGCAACGCCAACAACAUCCUCCUGGCUGCCAACGGCACCAAAAGGAAAGCCCUUGCUCCAGAGGAUCCCACUCUAGAUUUCCGAAACAACCCCACGAAGGAAGAGCUGGGCAAGCUGCAGCCGCUAGUGGCCUCUUAUCUCUGCUCAGAUGUAACAUCUGUUCCUUCAAAAGAGCCUCUGAAACUGCAAGGAGUCUUCAACAAGCAGACAGUCCUUAAAUCUCACUCUCUCUUAUCUCAGUCCUUCUUGAAAACAAGUGAUCUGUUGGGGAGGCAACCUGUGUUGGAAUUCACUUUGGAGAACCUCAAAACAAUGAGUGCUAAUAGCCAGCCACCUCUCCCGCAAGCACCUGUGAAUGGCUUGGCCAAGAAAUUGGCCAAAAGUACCAAUUCAGACCAUGAAAACUCUAGUUCUCUGAAUGGUGGGAAGUGUGCUCCUCCUCCUGCUGCCCUCCAGGGUGUUGACUACAACACAGGAGGUUCUGAACUGGGGGACUUGAAAACCGGCUUGACCAAUUGCACUCUUCCACAUAGAAGCCUUGAUGCAGAGCACACAGCUCCCUUUAGCAAUAACAUCACUGCAAACAAAUCUUCCCUUAAUUCCACGGAGCAGCAGCGGGUGCUCGAGGGGGGCAGCGGGGAGAGGAGGCUGCCUGGUGCCGCUGGUCACUCUGACUUUGGGAGCAGUAAGUUGGAGGAGCAGAAGCCACCUCUGCUGGCGGGUCACCACAGUGCUCUCGACUCAGAGAUGAGGACGAGGGCAUUGCUGCGACGCCAGGCCGACAUCGAGAGCCGUGCCCGCAGGCUGCAGAAGCGCUUGCAGGUGGUGCAGGCAAAGCAGGUGGAGAGACACAUCCAGCAGCAGCUGGGGGGCUUCUUGGAGAAAACUCUAAGCAAGCUUCCAACUUUGGACCCCGUCAGGCAUCGGAGCCAGCUGAUGUUGACCAGAAAAGCAGAAGCAGCCUUGAGGAAAGCUGCGAGCGAGACAGUUACUUCAGAAGGCCUAAGCAACUUCCUGAAGAGCGAUUCCAUAUCGGAAGAACUGGAGAAAUUCGCAGCCAGUGGCGCGGCCAACUUGAGAUCCAGCGAGCAAGCCUUCGACUCGGAUGUCACUGACAGCAGCUCGGGAGGCGAGUCUGACAUUGAGGAAGAGGAAUUGACCAAAGCAGACCCAGAGCAACCCCAUGUACCACUGAGGCGAAGGGCAGAGUGGAGAUGGGCAGCAGACCGUGCAGCCAUCGUCAGCCGCUGGAACUGGCUCCAAGCCCACGUCUCGGACCUGGAGUACCGCAUCCGGCAGCAAACGGACAUCUACAAGCAGAUUAGAGCCAACAAGGGGCUGAUAGUUCUUGGUGAAGCCUCACCUCCUGAUGCUGCAGUAGAUGAUGUGUCCCGUCCCGCUAGUGCUGAAGUUAAGCUGGAGCCUGGGGCUGACCGGCUGAGUGCUCCUGGAUGCCAGCCACUAGAUAACUUAGGUAUUUCUACUGCAAGUACUCCUGAAUCCCAUCCCACCAAGCCCUGUGGAGCACCAAGACCUGUCAAUGGAGUUAUUAACACUCUUCAGCCUAGCCUGGCAGAACACGCUCAGGGAGAUGGCCAGGAAGCUGAGGAGCUCCUGCAUAAAAAGCAGCGCCUGAACGUGAUUUCUUCGCCCCCGGACGGGUCGUGCGUGGCGGCUCGCACGCGCCCGCUGCUGAGCUGCAAGAAGCGAAGACUUGUGCGGCCCAGCAGCAUCAUGCCCCUGUCCAAAAAGGUCCAUCGCAGCAGCCUGGCGCGGUGCAGCUGUGACGUGAACCCUUUGUGUGCUCUGUGCGGCACUCGCAGCUCCACGUCUCUGGAAAUCCAGUACGAUGCCCCUCUGCUGGAGCGCCUCUCCCAGCUGGACUCCUGUGUCCAUCCUGUCCUCUCGUUCCCAGAUGAUGUGCCGACAAGCCUGCACUUCCAGAGCAUGUUGAAGUCUCAGUGGCAGAACAAACCCUAUGAGAAAAUCAAGGCUCCCAAAAAGCUCUCACUGAAGCACAGAGCCCCCGUGCCUGCCAGCAGCCUGCCCGACCCUGCUCGCAAGGACCGCCACAAGCUGGUGAACUCCUUCUUCACUGCAGCCAAGCGCUCCCAUCCAAAAGCCCCAGCAGACAAGGCACACAGGCCACCCUUAGACGAUUUUACGGCCCUGGCCAAGGCCGAGAGAGCUGCAGAGCGCUCGCUUGUGCCGCCUGCUGCCCCUGACAAAAGGCGAUUGCGAGACUGCUCGACUGAGAGGAGCGAAGUGUUGAAGCAUCACACGGAUGUUGGUGGCCCAAGCUACUUGUCAGCAGCUGUGACCCCCACGCCUCACAGCCCCGUAGCCCGGCAACUGUCCACCUCCUCAGAAGGCUCUGCUCCUGCCAGCACGAGUACACAGGGCACCUCCAACACAGCUCAGCCAAGGAGGAGGAGAGGAGAAAGCUCAUUUGAUAUUAACAACAUUGUCAUCCCCAUGUCUGUUGCUGCAACGACUCGUGUGGAGAAGCUGCAGUACAAAGAGAUCCUCACUCCCAGCUGGCGUGAAGUGGACAUGAGCACUCUGAAAGCCAUCCCUGAUGAAGACAGCGAGGAGAUCGAGGACUUGUCUGAUUCGGCCUUCGCUGCCCGGCACAGCAAGUGUGAGGAGAUGGAGCGGGCGCGCUGGCUCUGGAGCACCAGUGUGCCCCCACAGCGGCGGGGCAGCAGGUCUUACAGAUCGACAGACGGACGGACGACCCCGCAGCUGGGGACCCCCUCGACCCCCCAGCCAGCAUCCCCUGAUGUGGGCAGCUGCCACUCCCACCUGGAGCUGUCCCACACCCACUCCCCACGCAGCCCCAUCAGCCCCGAACUGCUCUCUGUCCCACUCACCCCUCUCUCCCGGGACUCCCUGCGGCUCCUGUCCGGCGACGACGCCACUCGCUGCUCCACGCCCGAGGCCGGCUUCGACGAGCAGGCUGUGCAGCCCUGGGAGCGCCGCAGCUUCCCACUCUCCUACGACCCCAGGACAGAGUGCGAGGACCAGUCCGACCCCCAGGAGCGGUUGUCGCGCUGCACCCGGCGCACGUCGGGCAGCAAAUCCUCCCGGGAGCCCGAUGGCACUUCUGCUUUGCCCAAUCUGGCCAGCCUCAAGACCCGAACCCCUCUGGUGACAUCCCAUUCCUCCUCCUCCUCCCCUUCCUCCUCUUCCUCCUCCUGCUCCUCUUCCUCCGCAGCGGUUCAGCGGCCAGCGCACAGAUAGAGACAUGCGGGAAGACAAAACCAACAGACAGAACUAACUCUUGGCAUUAAAGCUUCCAAAACUGCGUUUGAUAUUCAAACAUCCUGCUGGGAAUUUUCACAGUUUUUAGUGAAUUUAAGGAGUUUAGAAACUGUUUUUGUUUUGGUUUUUUUUGUUUGGUUUGGUUUGUUUUCUUCCCUCCCUUUUUUUUUUUACUUCUUUUUUGUUUUCUUUCUUUUUUUUUCUUUUCCCUGCUCCAUGUUCCCUGUUCACAUGACUGAGAGCCCCCAGACUGCCCCCAGCGGAGUGAAGCCUUGGGAAGGGGAGCAGCCCACCAGACCCCCUCAUCCCCCUCCCUCUUUCCUCCCCUCUCCUUUUUAGGUGUAUAAACUAGAGCACAGGAUUUAGCUGACUAGCAGGCGUCGGGGAUAGUUUCUCUCAAGCAGAAGGGUGUCCUCUUAACCCACUCCCAGCCCCUCCUGGAAAGGUUUUAGUGGAGUGAAAUUAGUGGUGAAAAGUGAUGUCUUGGGUCUGCAGCCCUCCCCAGCUGUCUCUCUGUCCUCACCGUGCAGUGUCCACCCUGCACCUUCACCUUCUGCCAGUGUCCUCCCCCAGGUUGUAGUUCCAGGUGUCCCAAGGGAGAACUCAGCAAACCCCUUCCCCUCGAUCUUCCUCCUGCUCCUUGGGCUGCCACCACCUCCUGCUUCUUUGUCCCUUAUCUGGGAGCAGCCCUUUGCCAUGCCCAGGUUGGAUUGCCCUGGUAUGGGGAGGGUGGGAUGAGGGCAGGACCCCUGUAGCAGCCUGGCACACAGCUCAGCGCCGGGGGAGCAGUGUGGAGCUGCCUGCUCCACACCUGCCCCGUUUCUUCUGGGCAGGGAGGGGGCAGUGCCCGGCCCGGUGCUGUGGAUGCCCUGGGCAGGAGCAGAAGUCGCCGCAGGCCUCGGGGAUGCCCUUUGGGGAUGGAGCUGUUGGCCAAGGCCAGCAGCAGCUUUCAGCCUGGACAUCCCCAAGCUCUGCCCUCGACUCUGUCCCCCCACAGGGUCGAGGAGCUGGGGCAGCCCCGAGGAGCUGCUGGGCACGGUGGGUGGCAGAGGAAUGGGACAGGCCGAUGGGUUGCAUGGCUGAGGCACUCUGGUGGGCAUUGGGGGUGGCUUUGGUCUCAAAAGGGGUAAACCAGAGGCACUGAGGUGCUGGGGGGUCUCGGGGCCUGUCACCACUGCUUCGCUCCACUCCACGUCCCCAAGCUGUCGAGUCUCUUUCAUUGCCCACUCGUUGGCCCUGCCGUGCCAGCUCCUGACAGGUAUUUUCUGUUCAAGCCCAGUUUGCUGUCGUUCCUGCCUCCAGCCGCCCCCCACACACCCCCAGCCGCAGCUCCUGGAUCUCACACCCCCCACACCGUGCCCAUCCGUGAGGCUGUCCAGGUCGCAGUGGUGUGGCUGUCGGUCCCUGUCCUGUCGCUAGCAUUGUGCCUGUCUUAUGUAUAACCACCUCAGCCCCUCCCUGCCCCACAGAAAAGAAAAAAAGAAAAAAAAAAAACAUUUAAAAAGCCAAAAAAAAAGGGAAAAAACCCACAAAAGGACUUUCUUUGUUUUGUUUUGUUUUCCCAUUUUGUAAUGGUAAAGGAGUUCUGCUCAGCUGCUUCAGGGUUGGGUCUUCUCAUAAUUUUCGACAUUAUCUCCUGGGUAUCUUUUUGUUGUUUCAGUUUAUUUUGUUAUUUCUGGCUCUGUUUCUGGUUUGGAGGAGGAUUUGUCCUUCCAGCCACAAGCCCUGACGCUGCCACCUCCCCCCCCCACCUCUGCAUAAGUGGCUUUUUUUCCCUCUCUAUUUAUAAGGUUGAAAAUUCUGAAUGACCCUUUAAGCAUUAUUAAAAAAAUCAAACCAGCCCCGCAAAGGAGCCCAAGAACCACCUUGUAUUUUGUAAA